GUUAGUGUGGUUAUUCCUUUCAUUCCACUGGUAGUCAAGACCCACUAUGCUACACAUGUGAGUCAUUCCCUCAAACAUCCUGCCUUGUAGCAGCACUUCCUCAUUUAGUGCAGGGAGUUGGUUCCAGUACUGCAUUCGACUUCCAGCCCUCUUAAGCAAAGUAUCAAGAAAAUCCGGACACGUUUCCCAUGCUUAAGAGCAGGCUGGGGAUAGUGCCAAGUUUCAGUAUGGACUGCUGAAUUAUCAGAGCUAGCUCAAAGAAGCCAGAGCUAGAGUUCUAUUUGCACAUUCACCUGUGAGUGCCCUGAAAGCCAGAUACUAAGGGAAAACCACCCCAGCUAAUGGAGUGCAUGGUGGCAUUAAUGGAGUGAAAGGAUUCACAGUGACUGGGACACUGCAAAAAUGAACAGGGAAUAUGUCUUCUGGAUACUCUCCUACUCACUGCUGUGCUUUUUCCCUGGUGCUGUUCCCCACACAACUUUGUGCCACGCAGUCAGCGGAGACACCGUUAUUUUGCCCUGUGCCAUUAAGACUUCUGAAAAGCUGAACAUUUCCAAUUAUUAUAUAUACUGGCAGAUAAGUACGUCAGUGGUAGUGCAUAUGUUUUACAAUGGGAAUGACUCGUUUGCAAAGCAGUCCAGAAGAUACCACAACAGAACCAGGCUCUUUUUGGAUCAGCUGGAGCAUGGUAACUUUUCUCUAAUGCUCUCUGGAGUUGAGCCUGCUGAUGAAGAUGUGUAUACCUGCAUCUUUAGAAACAAAGUGAGCAGAACUAAGGGCACACGUGAAGUUAAACUCAACGUCUCACCUCCAGAUAAUCAAUUGAUGGAAAGAAAUGUUCCCCCUAUUGGUCAAAUUCAGGAUUUACCAAAUUGUCCUGGGGAUGCAAACGCUCUGGAUAUUCUUGUGCUCUGUUCUCACUUCCUGAUGGUGUUGGUGGUUUGGAUCUUGUAACUGUGAAAUCAGGGCUUUUGUCUGCAAACUUCUCGUGGCAAGUGACUCUUGCAGCACACCACCCAUCUGUAAGGGUUGCACAACUACUACUCCAGAAGCCACAAACAACAAGGCAUCACCACGUGAAAACUGACCUUAUAUUCAGCACCUAUAACCAUAGUUUGGUGCUCAAACAAGCAACCUUAUUUUUCAGAGGCACUGGCCAUCUGCAGGUCCGAGUGACUUCAGUCAGAGGUAAUGAGCCUGAUUUUUCAUCCAUCUUCAAGAGCCUAGCUUUAGGCCUCCACGUUUGAAAAUUCUAGCCCUAAAAUUUUUUUGUGUGCUUUUGAUGACAAUUUUGAAUGUAGCUGAGGUUCACAGUGUUAUUAUAAUUGUCCUUAAUGUGAUCUUUCACAUAAGAUUGCAUGUGCUUUACAAAAAGGGGAAGUAAAAGAAGGAGAAAGCAUAGCCGUCUUAUACGUCAGAGAAAAACUGGAAGUUGUGGGGGUGGCUGCCUUUGCGAAAAUCAAGGGUGGAAACAUUGUGACAGAAAACUCGAGGCUGUGAACUAUGGCUGUACCUCUUUUUACUCUGAUGCAUCAACUACAUCAUCAGUACAAAGAAAUCCAUUCAUCAGCCAAAGGAGAAGUUGGCGGCAGAGGUUGUUAAAAAAAAAAAAAAAACGGCAAACAAUUCCAGAGGAAGAGUGCUGCAUACUACAAAUAAGCCAAAGACUUUAUUAGUUGCAGUCUUAUACUCUUCCCCAAAGAAAGUUAGGUGCAGCCAACUGAAAGGUACAGAACUGCUGUGCUACUUGGGUUAGGGUAUGAGUGAUUCUGCUACCUGUGAUGCGGAGUCAUUAAUUUAUAUAGGUUGUCUGUAUCACUCUGCACGCCAUUUUUUGUUUAAAAUGUCCAUGGUUUAAGGAACUAAAACUAUCAUCUGUGUCUAUUA